AUGAUGAUCCGCACUCUGAGCAUUUUCCUUUUGUUUAUCUUCAAUUUCCCGCCAGUGUUCUGCACAGAAGCAAAAGUUAAAGCGUGCCUGCCUCCUCCAUCCCUGCAAUGCACAAGCAAUGGAUGCGAAAUCUUCAAUUACCAGGGCAAAUGGGAGGACCGAUCGAUUUGCAAGGCGACGAGCGUUGCAUGGCCCACUUCAGAGCCCCAACUCCUCCGUGCUGUUGCCCACGCUGUUCACAACAACCACACGAUCAGAGUGGUGAGCAGACAUUCUCACAGCCUCUCAAUGCUCGUCUGCGUUGAGAGAGAUGGGCUCAUCAUUUCAACCCAAAAUUAUGACUCCGUCAUUGAAGUGAAUAGAAAGGCCAUGACAAUCACUGUACAAGCCGGAACGAUGAUGAGUGACGUGAUUGAAGCAGCUGCAAAGCAUGGCCUCUCUCUGCCUGCCAUGACUUACAUCAGCACAGUUUCUGCAGCCGGCGUUGUUUCCACCGGAGCCCACGGCAGCAGUUUCGCCGGGAAAGGCAGCGGAGUUUAUGAAUAUGUGGUGGGAAUGAGAAUCGUGGUGCCAGCGUCUCCUUCCGAGGGCUGUGCAAAGAUCAUAACUUUAACAGAAGCAGAUGAAGAUCUCAAGGCCGCGAAAUUGGCUCUGGGAACGCUGGGAGCAAUUUCAGAGAUAACAUUCGCCUUGCAGCCCAUGUUUAAACGAUCGGUUUCCGUCUCAGUGAGAGAUGAUUACGAUCUAGAAAAGGAAGCGGAAAGUUUCCUCAGAGCUCACACAUUUGCCGACAUAAAUUGGCUUCCUUCACACCGGAAGGCGGUUUUUGUUGCCAACGAUCGCGUUUCAAUUGAUGUUGCAGGAGACGGCAGCAACUCAAUCGUUGGCGCUCCCAUCAAAGUCGCUGAUAUUGAAACAUGGGUUUAUUUAUUCGAUUCACUCCAAGCAGAAGCAGACGUGCCUGCAAUUUGCAACAUUAUUGGAAACCAAACAAUUCAAGCUGCGGCAAAUGGCAUCGGGUUUUUGAAUGACGGAGAAAAUUUUACAGGUUACCCAGUGGUAGGUUUCAAUCAUCGCAUGCAGACAUCUGAAGCCGUGAAGAAUGUAAAGAAAAUAAGAGAUUUGAAUCCCCAAAGGAUGUGUGACGAAACUAUAAUAUCUAUGAGGUCUAUUAAGAAGUCGGAGGUGUACCUGGGACCGGCUGAGGAUCAGGUGACGAUGGAGCUCAUAACUUAUCGACCAAGGAAAGCGGGUACGCCCAAGUGGAAUAAGGAUGUGUAUCAAGAGAUAGAGCAGAUGUUGAUCGAGAAAUAUGGAGGAACGCUGCACUGGGGAAAGUCUGGAGGUCACUUGUUUGGAGGUUUAGCCAAACGGACGGUGAACUUGGAAGGAUUUUUGAAGGUGAAGGAGAGGUUUGAUCCGGAGGGACUGUUUUCUAAUGAUUGGACGGAUGGUUUGUUUGGAAUAGGAGGGAAAGGUGUGGAGGAGUUGAGAGAUGGAUGUGCACUGGAUAAGAUGUGUAAAUGUAGAGAGGAUAGACAUUGUGCUCCAGACAAAGGGUUUCUCUGCAAGUCAGGGAGUGUAUGGGAGUAUGCUCGCGUUUGUAAAAGCAUCAAAUAA